AUGGCUUCCUCGUCCUCGAAUGUCGUGGGCGUGCACUACCGAGUCGGCAAGAAGAUAGGAGAGGGUUCCUUCGGCGUCAUCUUCGAGGGCACCAACCUGCUCAACAACCAGCAGGUUGCCAUUAAGUUUGAACCCCGCAAGUCGGACGCGCCCCAGCUGAGGGACGAAUACCGCACGUACAAGAUUCUCGUGGGCUGCCCCGGCAUUCCUAAUGUCUACUACUUCGGUCAAGAGGGUCUGCACAACAUCCUGGUCAUCGACCUGCUCGGUCCCAGCUUGGAGGACCUUUUCGACCACUGCAACCGCCGCUUCUCCAUCAAGACCGUCGUCAUGGUCGCCAAGCAGAUGCUGUCCCGCGUCCAGACCAUCCACGAGAAGAACCUCAUCUACCGUGACAUCAAGCCCGACAACUUCCUGAUCGGCCGCCCUGGCACCAAGGCUGCCAACGUCAUCCACGUCGUCGACUUUGGUAUGGCGAAGCAGUACCGUGAUCCCAAGACGAAGCAGCACAUUCCCUACAGAGAACGCAAGUCGCUGUCUGGUACGGCCCGUUACAUGAGUAUCAACACCCACCUCGGUCGCGAACAGUCGCGGAGAGAUGACCUGGAGGCGCUGGGCCACGUGUUUAUGUAUUUCCUGCGCGGCGGCCUCCCAUGGCAGGGCCUGAAGGCUGCUACCAACAAGCAGAAGUAUGAGAAGAUCGGAGAGAAGAAGCAGACCACUGCUAUCAAGGACCUGUGCGACGGCUUCCCUGAGGAGUUCAACAAGUACCUGAGCUAUGUCCGCAACCUCGGCUUCGAGGACACCCCUGACUACGACUACCUGCGUGAGCUCUUCACCCAGGCCCUCAAGAGCACCGGCGAGGUUGAGGAUGGCGAGUAUGACUGGAUGAAGAUCAACAAUGGCAAGGGCUGGGAGUCUAUGAAGAGCCACGCGUCUGCCGCGCAUCUGCACCACAACAACGCGAUACCCAACUCGUCCGCUCGCGAAAUCCACGGCGGCCAGCCCCGCGGUUCCAAGACGCCCAUGCCCCCCGGACGACUUGAUGCUGAACUCCCAAAGCCCGGCGCGGCUCGCCCCCCGGGCGGAGCCGCAAGGCACCCCUCCAGGACCGACGUAGCAAAAUAUCAGUCCGACCACGUGAAGAGAAAGAGUCAAGGAGAUAUCCAGGCACCCGAAGGCUCAACCGCAGCGCAGUUUCAAAACAGCCAGCAGAACCUUCCGCAAAGAAUGAGCACUACGCAAAGUCCCAUGCAGGGAAACGCGCAGGCGACGCCGGCCGGUAACAGGCCGCAGCCGGCUGAGCAGAAGCCCUCUGUCUGGAAGAAGAUUGUCAACACGCUGUGCUGCGGUGAGUGA